UUGAAUAAGUCUAAUGUGUGCAAGGAAAAUAUAUAUGACACAAACAAUAAAAAAGAGCGAGGCAUUACUUUGUUAUUUGGGCUGCUGAGAUGUCUCAGCAAAUGAAGACAUUUGCCUCUAACAUUAUGAUCUGAAUUUGAUAUUCAGGAUGGAGAAAGGAAACUGACUCUCCUAAUCGUAAUCUAUCUUCCAUACAAGUACCAUGGCAUGCAAUACUCCACAAAUACACAUAAACAAUGAAUACAAAUGCAAAGUCAAGAAUUUACUUCUGCACAUUUUCUUCCAAAUCAAAAGGUUUUUAAGGGCUUCUUACUCCUGCCAACAGAAUACAAAAACCAGAAUUUCAGAGUAAGAGGAGAAAGCAAUGCAUAUAAGCAACAUUUAUACUAUUUGGACAUAUUUGUACAUUAUUCUUAAUUGUAAAAUAUAAUACAAGUACAUAUUAUUCAAUGUGUGACAUUUAUUAUGUUUUACUGUAUAAAUACUUUGUGAACAUGUAUUCAGUUGAUAACAGUAAAAUUGACACAAACCAAAGCAUCCAUUAUGGAUGUGAGGACACACAAAUAGCAUCUGAUGAUUAGUGUGGAUCUGAGCACACAGAAAUCCUGUUAGUUCCAGAACAGUGAAUUGGGAGAGGAGAUUAUCUUCAGGAAAGGCAAAGAUUCAUUAGAGAAUGUGAGAGGCAGAGCACAAGGAGCAGGUCUCUGGGAUCUGUCUGCAGUGCGGUCAGUUAUGGGAACAGGACCAGGAAGUAAGUGAUGCAGAAGAUAGAGGCUUUCUUAGUUUUGUAAUGCGGCUUGAUGAUCUUGAGUAAUGGUCUUGCAUGGAGUUAUCUAGGAGGAAAUGUGUGAGCUAUCUUACUCAUGUUGAUACCCUUGGUCUUAAAAUGACCAUACAGGUAUCUCUGAACUGAGAACUUGGCCAGAGGCAAGACAGAAGAAACAUUCAGCUCAGAUUUCAAAAUAAGUUCAGCAGAAGAACGGUGCUGGAGGAAGAACAAUUCAGUGCAAGCAUUCAUGACAGGCCAGUUCCUCUUUAUUCUGUCAUUCUAUUUGCUGUGAUAGGUGUAUGUUGCUUGUGAGUUUCUUUUUCAAGAAGGAUAAAGCAAUACGUCUUCAUGGAGAAAUGGAAUCAGAGCUCAAGUGAUUUCAUUUUGUUAGGGUUGUUUCCACAAAACCAAACAGGCCUUCUGCUUUUGCUGCUCAUCAUUUCCGUAUUCUCUGUGGCCUUGCUUGGCAACUCAACAAUGAUCCACCUCAUUUGUGUGGAUCCCAGGCUCCACACCCCCAUGUACUUUCUCCUCAGUCAGCUCUCUCUCAUGGACCUGAUGGAUGUCUCUGCCACUGUUCCCAAGAUGACAUUCAACUUCCUCUCUGGCCAGAAAAGCAUUACCUUCCUGGGCUGUGCAGUUCAAUCCUUUUUCUUUAUGACCAUGGCAGGUUCUGAGGGCUUGCUCCUGGCCUCCAUGGCCUAUGACCGUUUUGUGGCCAUCUGCCACCCUCUUCAUUAUCCUAUUCGCAUGAGCAAAAUGAUGUGUCUGAAGAUGAUCAUAGGAUCCUGGACACUGGGCUCCAUUAACUCUUUAGCCCAUACAGUCUAUGCCUUUCACAUCCCUUACUGCCAUUCUCGGUCCAUUAACCAUUUCUUCUGUGAUGUUCCUGCCAUGCUGCCCCUGGCCUGUAUGGACACUUGGGUUUAUGAGUACAUGGUAUUUGUGAGCACAAUCCUGUUUCUACCACUUCCUUUCCUUGGCAUCACAGCUUCCUAUGGACGGGUCCUUUUUGCUGUCUUCCACAUGCGCUCAAAAGAGGGAAAGAAAAAGGCCUUCACUACGUGUUCAACUCACUUAACUGUAGUGACAUUUUACUAUGUACCUUUUGCCUAUACUUAUCUUCGACCUAGGAGUCUCCGUACACCCACAGAAGAUAAGAUUCUGGCUGUGUUCUAUACUAUCCUCACCCCCAUGCUCAACCCUAUCAUCUACAGCCUGAGAAAUAAUGAGGUCCUGGGGGCCAUGACAAGAGUCUUUGGAACAUUCUCCUUCACGAAAACUUGAUCUUUUCCUCACUGCUCCUCUUUGACUUCUCCUGGGGAAUGUCAUAAAGCAGUGCCCUGUAUUGGAAAUGUAAUGUGUGCCACACACAUGCCAUAAGUUUCUGGUGAUUCAUUAAUAGUUAAGAUUAAACAAUAUGUUCAUCA